UUGUCUGCAAUAAAUUUUUUUGGGAAACUGAAUGUCGAUAUGGUUUAUGAUAUAUCUUUCUCUUUAAUGUGUUGGCUAGAGAAAUUGGUUCUCGUUGUUGGAUUGGUCACGGGAUUGCCUGAGUUUUGGAUAUUCUUAGGAGAGGCCAAUGCAACUAAUAUUGCUCCGGCACUACCAUAUGUGUCGGUUUUGAUUUCAGGUCCGCCAAUAAAAGGAUCCUGGGGAAUUGUUGAGGUAUGCAUUUGCCUGUUCUCAAUAAGUCUUAUCAGGGAAAUUCAGAAGCCGCUUGAGGAUAUUACUAAAAGUCUGAAGAUUCAAAGCCCUUGA